ACUCACAACAACUAUAACUAUAUUUUUCAUCAAAACCAGGAACUCUAAGUUUUUAUGGAAAAAACGUCAACACUAAACACCAAAAUAAAAUGCGAAAGCUGCUUGACAGAAAAAACUCCUUUUUGUGAUCACAUCUAUUUUUUCAUUUUCUAAUUAAGAUUCGUUUUGUAACAAUUGAGGUAACAAUUUGUUGAGGCGUUGAUUCACCCUUCUACACCUGUUUUUGCUAAGACAGGGUAAGACACACUCGCUCUUCUGGUAGAUAAAUUAGACUUAAACAAAAUUUUCCUUAUCAUCUUCACACAUCUCUUCUCGUUGCAUCUCGUGGUAUAGACUUCCACCAAAUUAUUAAGUUUUCUGUUAUAUUUUUCAAAACUUGUGGUUUUUUUGUAUGGAACAUUUAAAUUAAGUCUUGAAAAUUAAUUAUUCAGGCCGGCUUCGGCUUUCACUUACUUUUGCGUUUUACUUUUUCAGCCAAAAUACAUUUACUGCUGCUAUACCCAUGCGUUAGGCCAGCUCAUACAAAAAGGCCUCCGUUGUGUUUAACAGAGAUUUGAAUUAUUGAUAAGCAAAUCUGGCUGCCACAUCUAUCCGGACGAAUUCACUAUUUGUUGUUGCACAGACCAAUUUAUUCAGAUACGAUUUUGAGAUUGCAAUAGAGAAAUUGGGUAGAAAGAGUGCAAACAUAUCAGAUGUUUUGCAUGCAAAAUAAUUAAAUAUAAAAAUGCCUUUAAAAAAAGCCAAAAGUGAAGAAAUCACAUUUUUCAAGUUUUCAGGCAAAUUUUCUCAUGAAAACCACUGAGAUAUGCCAUAAAACCAUGGCAUUAUGAAAAUUUGGACAUUUCUUUAUAAGAAUACACAAAAAAAUACGAUGAUUAUGAACAUUUUAUUUUUCGGUCCUGGUUGACCAUUCGGCGGAUAAGCACAUAUACAAGCAAAGCUACAUUGUUACAUUGAACAUAAAUCACAAUGCAGAAAAUAUGGCAAUCCAUAUCUUUAGGAAUCUGAUGGAAGGAGAGCUGCUGCAAAACAACAACGACGAUGAGGACAACGAUGAAGACGACACUGAUAAAGAGGACAACGAAGAGGGAAUAGACGAAAACGAAGAUCAAGAGAACGAUGCAGAAGCUGUGCUUGAGAGACGCGGGAGUGAGCGAGAAAGCUAUAACAACAUGCACACAAGAAAGAUCCCAACAACAAGUCGACAAAGGAAUAGAGAACGAAGCAACGAGCAAAGGCAGAACUACGAUGAGCAGGCCGCACCCCGUUUUGCCAUAAGUUUUCGCGAUAUAGAAGAGUCUAUCCGAGUGUUCGAUGACUCUGAUGAUAUGGCUGUCGAAGAAUGGAUACAAGAUUUCGAGGAACAGGCAGAGUUCAUGCGUUGGACAGAUUUGCAAAAACCUAUUUUCGCAAAGAAGUCGCUAAAGGGCAUUGCACGACUAUUUGUUUUGAGUGAAAAACAUUUGAACUCAUGGACAACGUUGAAGAACGCGCUAUUGAACGAAUUCAAGUCGAAAAUCAGUAGCAAACAAAUACACAUGCAGCUCAACGAGAGUAAACGACGACCCAAAGAGAGUGUUUUGGAAUAUUUUUAUCGCAUGAGAGAUAUUGCUUCGGGAGGCAAUGUGGAAAACGACGCACUUAUGCAAUACGUGAUUGACGGUGUUGACGAGACGGCAUUAAAUAAAACAAUUUUAUAUGGCGCAAAAAUGAUGAGUGACUUUAAAAACAAAUUAAAUGAAUAUGAGAAAAUUACCGAGAAAUUGAAAAAGAGUGAUAAAAUUGGAAGAGAUAAAAAGUUGCAGUUUGGACAAAAUAAUACACAGGUUGGCAAAAAAGACAUAGUUUGUUUCAACUGUGGAGAGAAGGGACAUUUGUCUAACAGUUGCGCCAACAAAGGAAAAGGAAGAAAGUGCUUCAAAUGUAAUCAGUUUGGGCACAUAUUUAAAAAUUGCAAGGAAAAUAGUGAAAAACAAAACGAUGAAAAACAAAACAUGCGCGUAGUUUCAAAUAAAACUGAAUUAACGUCUAAAGAAGUUUCGAUUAAAAAUGCAAAGUGUAUGGCAUUAUUUGACAUUGGCAGUAAAUUUAACAUUAUACGUGAAGAUUUAUACGACGAACUGCGUAUGCCAAAAUUAAAAGACUGCAGAGUGUGUUUGGUCGGUUUCGGAAGUGAGAGCAAAGCUGACAAUAUCAAGCCGAUUGGUCAGGUGAACCAUAGCAUACAUAUUGACAAUGAAGAAUAUGGUUAAACUUUUAUGUUGUUGCUGCAAGAUUCAUGGACAUAAAACUGAUAAUAGGGGAAGAGCUUUUUUUGCACGCAGAAAUAUCGUUUAAUCGCAAUGGAGUGAAAUUGAGUAAAAUGCCAAAUGAAAAUAAAGAAGAUCCUUAUGACGAAUCGUGCAUAAUGAGAAUCGACGUAGCGGUAGACAAUUCUCAGCUGAACAUAAGCAACGCGGUAAACGAGUUUACACAAAGCAAAGUACGCGAAAUUAUAUCGACGUAUAAACCGGAAAAAUCAAAAACUACGAAUGUUGAAAUGAAAAUAAUUUUAAAAGACGAAACGCCAAUAUUUUCGCGGCCACGGCGAUUUGCAAUAAAUGAAACAUGCAUCAUAGAAGACCAGAUCGACGAGUGGCUGCAGAAAAAGUUCACGAGUUCGGUUGUAUUGGUGAUAAAGAGCGACGGCACGCCACGUCUAUGCAUUGACUUUAGACGUAUCAAUAAAGUCAUCAUAAAAGAUCAUUUCCCGUUGCCGUUAAUAGAUGACCAGCUAGAUCGUUUGCAAGACGCUGCAAUAUUCAGUACAAUUGACUUGAAGAAUGGGUUCUUCCAUGUUCCUGUAGCCGAAGAGAGUAGGAAGUACACCUCAUUUGUGACGCAAAGCGGCCAGUACCAGUUCCGCAAGGUGCCGUUUGGUAUGUCGAAUUCUCCCGGAGUAUUCCAAAGGCACAUUGGUGCAAUUUUUCGACAGCUGACUAGAAAAGGAAUAGCACUUCCAUAUGUUGACGACAUAAUCAUUCAAGCCAAAGACGAGCAAGAAGCAUUGACAAAUCUGAAAGAAGUUCUCAAAACGUGUGAAGAGUAUGGGCUUGAGCUGAAUUUUAAAAAGUGUCAUUUCUUGCAAACACGAAUCCAGUUUCUUGGCCAUAUCAUCGAAAAUAAAAAGCUGUUUCCGACCCCGUUGAAGAUUG